AAUCCAAUCAACCCUCUCUCUUGAUUGGGCGCCACGAAAAAAAAGAGCCUCUUCACCCCUUUCUCCAAAAAAAUUUCAAACUCUCUCUCUCCCCACCCCCUCCACCGUCCCACACCUCUCACGCCUCUCUAGGGUUUCACCGAUCUCCACAACUCCCCUCUCCUCUCUCUCUCGCAUCCACAUCGAUUCCUAUCUAUGGCCGACGAACCGCUUACUUCAUCUCAACCCUCCCCUUCCCCUCCCUCCUCCAAUGCCGCUCCCUUAGGCCACUCCGUGAUCCCAAUCGUGAACAAGCUCCAGGACAUAUUCGCCCAGCUCGGUAGCCAGUCCACGAUCGAGCUCCCCCAGGUCGCCGUCGUCGGCAGCCAGAGCAGCGGCAAGUCCAGCGUCCUCGAGGCCCUCGUCGGCCGCGACUUCCUCCCCAGGGGCUCCGACAUCUGCACGCGGCGUCCGCUCGUGCUCCAGCUCCUGCAGAUUAAGCGCAAGCCGGAUGGCACCGAGGAGGAGUACGGCGAGUUCUUGCACUUGCCUGGGAAGAGGUUUUACGACUUCGGCGAUAUAAGGAGGGAAAUUCAGGCUGAGACUGAGAGGGAAGCAGGAGGAAACAAAGGUGUUACUGACAAGCAGAUUCGUUUGAAGAUUUUUUCACCAAAUGUUCUUGAUAUCACACUGGUGGAUUUGCCUGGUAUUACGAAGGUUCCUGUCGGUGACCAGCCUUCUGACAUUGAAGCACGGAUUAGGACAAUGAUAAUGUCAUAUAUUAAGCUCCCAAGUUGUUUAAUACUAGCUGUUACACCAGCAAAUUCUGACUUGGCAAAUUCAGAUGCUCUCCAGAUAGCUGGAAAUGCCGAUCCUGAUGGUUAUCGAACCAUUGGUGUGAUCACAAAGUUGGAUAUUAUGGACAGAGGUACAGAUGCCCGCAAUUUUUUGCUGGGAAAAGUAAUUCCUCUUCGGCUUGGUUAUGUAGGUGUUGUGAAUCGUAGUCAAGAGGACAUUAUGCUCAACCGGAGUAUUAAGGAUGCACUUGUUGCUGAGGAGAAGUUCUUUCGCAGUCGUCCAGUGUAUAGUGAUCUUGCAGAUCGCUGUGGUGUCCCCCAGUUGGCAAAGAAACUGAACCAGAUUUUAGUACAACACAUCAAGACUCUACUUCCAGGGUUGAAGUCACGCAUAAGCACUGCACUGGUUUCUGUUGCGAAGGAGCACGCCAGCUAUGGAGAAAUCACUGAGUCAAAGGCUGGUCAGGGAGCUCUUCUUCUGAACAUUCUAUCCAAGUACUCUGAAGCAUUUUCUUCGAUGAUAGAGGGGAAAAAUGAAGAAAUGUCAACUUCUGAGCUGUCCGGUGGUGCAAGGAUACAUUAUAUUUUCCAGUCAAUAUUUGUAAAAAGUUUGGAGGAGGUGGAUCCAUGUGAGGACUUAACUGAUGAUGAUAUCCGAACUGCCAUUCAGAAUGCUACUGGUCCUAAAUCAGCAUUAUUUGUACCAGAGAUUCCAUUUGAAGUUCUUGUUCGAAGGCAAAUAGCUCGUCUGCUAGACCCAAGCCUUCAAUGUGCUAGGUUUAUCUACGAUGAACUAAUUAAGAUGAGCCAUCGGUGUAUGGUCAAUGAACUACAGAGAUUUCCGGUUUUAAGAAAGCGCAUGGAUGAGGUUGUAGGGAACUUUUUGCGAGAAGGCCUUGAACCCUCGGAGACAAUGAUUGGACACAUAAUUGAAAUGGAGAUGGACUACAUAAACACUUCCCACCCAAAUUUUAUAGGUGGGAGCAAAGCUGUGGAGAUGGCAGUCAAGUCCAAUAGGGUAGCUCCUAUUACUAGGCCAAAGGAUUCGGUAGAUCCAGAAAAGGUACCAACAUCCGAAAGAAGUCUGAAAUCUCGGGCUAUUCUUGCCAGACCAGUAAAUGGAAUUGUCCCAGAGCAGGGAGUUCGGCCUGUUGCAGAUGUUGAGAAAGCGGCACCUUCUGGGAGCUGGGGGAUUUCAUCAAUUUUUGGUGGGUCGGAUAGUCGCCCGUCUGUCAAAGAGAACCCAACAAGUAAUUCUUUUAGGGAACCUGUUCAGAGCAUGGAGCACUCCUUUUCUAUGAUUCAUUUGAGAGAGCCCCCAACCAUCUUGAGGCCCUCAGAGACCCAUUCAGAGCAGGAGUCUAAUGAAAUAAAAAUCACAAAACUGCUGUUGAGCUCAUACUACGACAUUGUUAGGAAAAACAUUGAGGAUUCUGUUCCUAAAGCAAUUAUGCACUUCCUGGUAAAUCACACGAAAAGAGAGAUGCACAAUGUCUUCAUUAAAAAGCUUUACAGAGACAACCUGUUUGAAGAGAUGUUGCAGGAGCCUGACGAGGUUGCAAUGAAGAGAAAGCGCACCCGGGAGACACUCCGUGUGCUUCAGCAGGCUUUCCGGACAUUGGAUGAAUUGCCACUAGAAGCUGACACAGUUGAGAGGGGUUACAGUCUGAGUAAUGAUCCAACGGGCUUGCCCAAGAUCCACGGGCUCCCAACAUCAUCCAUGUAUUCGACAAGCAGUGGUUCGUAUGAUUCCUACACAGCCUCUCCCAAAAACCCCAAGUCCCGUAAGUCAUCUCACUCUGGAGAGCUACAAUCGCCUUUCUAUGGUUAUUCAGAAGCAAAUGGAGGUGGACGCAAUUCCGUUCUGGGUCUUUACCCUACAGUUGAUAUGUAAGACCACCUGAAAGAAUACAUGGGACCACGUUUGUCAACGCGUCGUGUGGGUUUUGAAAUUCCUGUUCAACAUUCUUUCAAGAUAUAUGGAGAACAUUGUUGUGGGUCUGGCUGCAUCAGAGUUGGUAUUUUGAACUCUAGGUGAGGUACGAGUCCGAUGUUAACCAUUGGCUUGACAGGCAUAUAUUUUUCUUAUAUUCCCUUAUAAGUACAAUUGGUGUCAAACGCAUUGUUUAUAUAGCUCCGAAAAGAAUAACGAGAGCAGUUAAUUCCUCCUGUAUGAUAGUAAAAUCUUAUAUUUCCAGUGUUCAAUUUUUUUAAUCAGUUGCUUUAAGCCCAAAAAUCUGUAGAUUUUUACUGGGAAAUGAUGUUUUGGUUAUUGUUUUCCAUCCUGUGUUGAUAGCGGACUAGUGGAUUGUAACUGAUAUGAUUAGUUGGUUAAUGAUAGUAAGGUGUAUUUUGAUGCUC